CCUUCACAUACGGUUGGAAACUUAACAGUCCACUCCAAAUGUUCUCUGAGAGAACGUCAGACCGGUUGACUUGCACCCAAGCCUUCAUAAUGGGAUCUGGUCACUGUGUCAGCGAAAGUCAAGUCAUCAAACAUAAGCCAGUGCAACCAACGGUCGACUUGUUGACGGCAGGCCUCUGGGCGUUAGGAAGUACGAGGCGUCCGUGAAAGCAGCACCGGCUCUCAUACGUCUCCUCUUCAGCACCGGCAGCAGAGGGCCAGCCUGCAGAGCCCUUCCGGAGGCGGAUAAUCCCCAUCUCUGCCUUCCACUCGUCCUAAUGCGAACCGGAAGGAUUGCUAUAACUCACACGGAGGGGUAAUGCGUUUAGAAGCAAAAGCAAGUUACGUCCUAGAGGUUCCCCACCAGGAGAAGCUUGGACCGGGGCGGAGAUGGAUAUGUCUGCGUUUCGCGUGAUCGUGUGAAUAUCGGAAUCUACCAAUGAUAAGCCGACUUUCCAUAAUAUGACAGCUGCUGUCGCAUUUCAUCUACUUUUCAGAAACUAGUGAAACAGCGAUCUGCUUGCUGUUUUUUUGUUUUUUUGCAUCAUUAUCCCAGCACCAUGGUGACGUAUAAUCUAAUAUUAACUCUGGUUUUCGCGGCUCUUUGGAGGGUCGGCGCAGAGCCACAAACACAUCCUUCGUCUACGAUGCAGUUUAAUACAACAUCACCAUCAGUUAUCAGCAAAGGCGGAGAGCUGCCUCAUAAUGUCACCGAUGCCGCCGUGGGCUCCCGGAUUUCAUCUCUAAUGACUCACCUUCCAACUCUGAAAACCAUCGUAAUUUGCAUGUGCGUGUUGACAGCUGCUCUCAUCACGUGCCUGGUCGUCAGAGUAGUCAGAUCCGGCAGACGAAUGAGAAAAACCAGGAAAUAUGACAUAAUGACGACACCUGCUGAGCGUGUGGAGAUGGCCCCUCUUAAUGAGGAGAACGAUGAUGAGGAUGACUCGACCCUCUUCGAUGUCAAAUACAGGUGAAUCCCAGCAUGGACAUCAAUAUUUGAUACCUCCUGUUUUCCACGGAAAUUGAUUUCCUGUUUUUUUGUGUAGUUCAAGUCUCAUCAGAUCAGAUACUUACACUGCUUGUGCAUGGCUUUAGUUUGUGUUAACCCCCAUGGAUAUCAUUUUUUGUCGCUUUACGGCUGCUUCCAUCAUAUGACCCAAAUUGCCUGCACAAAUUUUUCUAAUAGUAAGAUUAGAA